AUGGCGUGUGUAAAUAGCUACAUUGUGAUCUUCCUUCGAGCAGCCCAGGCUGAUUCUUGCUUACCUCUAUAUGAAUCCGGUCUCCGGCAAAGGCUGGACGACAAAUGGGAGCACGAUCUUUUCAAUAGUAACAAACCUCAGCUUUCAAAUCGCAGAGUUGAUCCUAAAGAUCUUCGCCUGAAGCUCCAGAAGAGACAUCAUGGGUCUCAAAGUGGGCGAGAACCUGGUUCAGGCGUGCGGGAUUUACGGGAAAAGCUCUCUGGGACGAUGAACCCGCAACCAAAAAACAGUGACCCGCCAAAAUCUAAAGUGGAGGCUGCUAGACCAAGCAUGAAGAGCGUAGCCACUGAUACUGCAACAGCGACUAGAAAAACUUCCAAUCAAACUACCAAGAAGAAGUCACAGCAGGCAAUCUUUUUCCUUCAUACUUGUCAUCUUUUGGUUCAGGCUGGUGCAUCGGUUGAUAGCUUUCUGGAAUCAUUGGGUCUCGAGAAAUAUUCGACCGCUUUUCAAGUGGAAGAAGUUGAUAUGGAUGCUCUCAUGCAUAUGACAGAUGAUGACCUCAAGGCUAUGCUCAUACCAAUGGGCCCGAGGAAGAAGAUACUUCUUGCUUUGGGAUCUAAACGCUAA